ACUACCACAUGCUUCGAAGCUGGGUAAAAGAUGGAAUGUUCUUAAUUAAUAACGUGGUUCUGGCUUUCUUGACCUUUGGAAUUUACUUCAGUUACACCGGAAAUCGGUUCAAUGAUGAUUUCAAUUUUAUGUACGACUACAGCCCAAAUAAAAUUUGGCUAUAUUUACUAGCGCCUAUGCCAUAUUACACAAGUGUAACGGCCAUCGCAACUUUAGUUACAGAAUUCCAAAUCAAGCUGAGAAUGAAAUAUAGCAAGAAUUCCCAAUCCUAUUUCGUAUUCGGUAUGAUUUUAGUUAUUGUAACGUCAAUAAUAAUAAUAUCAAAGAUCGUUCAUCACUUGAUCAUGAAGCAAGUUGAAAAUAUAACGGCAAUACAUCGCGACUGGGGACCAUUCAACGAGCAAUUGAAGAACCUCAGGAGAUUAUACUUUUCCAAUCGAGAUGUCAGAAGGCGGCAGAUCAUACCCAGCUGCAGUCACAAGUGUUUAAUAAAUUCUAAAGCCUACCACAGGAUGCAAGAGCGGCAAUACAAAAGAUUGUUAAUGUUUGAAGCCGAGCAAGAAGAAAACGACACUUAUCUCUGAAUUUUAAUUCUAUA